AGAUUGGACGAGGGCCACCAGAACGGAACCCCCAUUCUAUGCUUGUGUGCCGCUUAACAGAUUUGCGGUGCGCAUUGCCGACGCUGCUUGAGCAACUGCGAAGGGUAGAGAUCCAUCGUGAAUUGAACGAGAGCUACGAAGCAUUGGUGACACCAUGAUGAAUCGGUGGCGUUGCGUCAAGUCGCUAUCGGAAGCAUUGCAUCGUCAUGGUCUAGCCGCUGCUGCUUCUAACAGCUUCACGGCGGACUUGACCUUAGCGAAACCAUUGCCAAACAUUUAUGCCAAGGAAGCUUCUACAAGUCAUUCUGAAAAACUAGUAUUACCCUCAGUAGCAGUUAGGACGGACGUCCACUCGUUAUGCUUUCUUUGGAGCACAUUAAGUAGGCUAAGUUUGAAUAGAGAAUAUUCAACCUUACUUGCAAACCAUAGGUUCUGCUCAAUUCCUUCAAGGGGCGGAGCGGAGAUUUAUGGGUUUAGGACGCGGGGAUUCAGCAGCCAAGCUGAAAUCGCAGCCAAGGCUGGCGCGCGCAGGGCGAAGCUUACAUGGGAAAGUCAAACUGCUGGAAAGAAGAAAUCAGAGGCCAUGUUAAUGUAUUUGGUGGCUAUGGUAACAGCCAUGGUGGGAAUUACCUAUGCUGCCGUUCCCCUGUACCGCAAAUUUUGUCAAGCUACAGGUUAUGGCGGUACUGUCCAAAGAAAGGAGACCGUCGAAGAGAAGAUUGCUCGCCACAAGGGUGAAGAGGCUGAAUCAUCCAGGGAAUUGGUAGUACAGUUUAAUGCCGAUGUCGCAGAUGGUAUGCCCUGGAAGUUCACUCCUUGUCAACGUGAGAUUAGAGUGAGACCAGGACAGAGCACGCUUGCAUUCUACACAGCUGAGAAUACAAGCUCAGUACCCAUCACCGGUGUGUCCACUUACAAUGUGACUCCCAUGAAGGCGGGACUCUACUUCAACAAAAUCCAGUGUUUUUGUUUCGAAGAGCAGCGGCUUCUUCCUGGUGAAAAGAUUGACAUGCCAGUGUUUUUUUUUAUCGAUCCCGAGUUUGCAACUGACCCAAAAAUGAAGGGUAUUAAUUCUUUGAUUUUAUCUUACACUUUCUUUAAAGUUGAGGAAGCGCCUCAAAAAGAGACUGUGGCAUCGCCUCAACCCGCUUAAUCUCUUCGAGCCUCUAAAGAAAUUUCAUGCAUUUAGGCCCAGAUUUUGCAGGACACCUUCGUGAUUUGAAGAUAAUGUUUUGGAGUGAGGCCGCAGACUGCAAAUUCUGCAGGGCUUCAGGUGAUCAUACCUUAUCAAGUCAAACUUUUUGGUUUAUAUUGGCAAGUGAGCUGAGAAUAAUUUAGCAAUACCUUAUUUCUGAGAUUAUUUUGCCUGCUUUCUACACACAACACGCUACACUGAUUUAUCCUCCCUUUUUACAUACUAGUGUCCUAGUUUCGAGGUACGAACUGCACGUACGAACUUGAGUUAGCUAUUAAUAAAUUGGGCUUCACUUCCGUCAUUCAA